AUGCGCCCCUGUACCGCCUCCUCAUGCUGCUGCCAGGUCCAGAGUGUGUCAUGGGCCCCCGUACCGACUCCUCAUGCUGCUGCCAGGCCCGUAAUCUGUCAUAGGCCCCUGUACCACCUCCUCAUGCUGCUGCCAGGUCCAGAGUGUGUCAUGGGUCCCUGUACGGCCUCCCAUUGCUGCUGCCAGGCCCGUAAUCUGCCAUGGGCCCCCGUACCGACUCCUCAUGCUGCUGCCAGGCCCGUAAUCUGUCAUGGGCCCCUGUACCGCCUCCUCAUGCUGCUGCCAGGUCCAGAGUGUGUCAUGGGUCCCUGUACGGCCUCCCAUUGCUGCUGUCUCCAUCGCCACACUCUGCCAUGUGCCACUUUCAGGUCUCCUCACACUGCUGGUGGGUUCCAUUUUGUCAUAGGGUGCUGUAUGGCCUCCCAUUGCUGCUGCCUCCACCGCCACACUGUGGCUCCACACUCUGGUUUUGGCCUCGUGACUGCCCAAAUGAGUGAAGUGUGCGGUGAUUCUAAGAUCGACGGCACUCAUCUGCAUGUCAUACUGACUGACAGUAUUAUUUCUCUUCCCCAGCAGACUCCAAGGGCAUUUAAAUUAAAGGUACAGUGUUCUGCACUAAUAUAA